UCUACCAAGUUGGACUUUGUGAAUUACUAUCCUUAGGCGUCAGCCUGCAUUCUACGUGAAGGUUUGCCGGUCCCUAAAUGACUUCAAAUGUAUUCUUUGAGCCAGUUCUCAUGCUCAUCGUGGUUCUUUGUCCUCGUGGCUGGACGGCAUGACUGAAAUCCACCGCCGAAACUUUCAGAUUGAUUAUCCAGACAUCGUGAAGAACAAACCGGGAAUUUGGUCUAUGCUCUCCUGUGAUUUCAUCCGUUGAAAGACAUAGAACGCCUCAUCGCAAGCUGGCCUAAUGUGGAUCGUUUCUUCUGCAAACACCCAAACAUGCUCGCAAGGCUGUGAUAUUCGUCGCAGCAGUGCACAUGGUUCCUAUGCUUCUUCUCUUGGACAAUUGAGAAGUGGUAGCCCGUCUGUUCCGAAGGUUGUCAUGACUCUUUGGCCGAUGAACUUUUUCGGCGCACAUUGUACUCAUCUUGAGGAAAUGAUAGACAUGAAAGACGCUCCGUCUUUCUAUAUAAUCGCAGCGAAGACAACUCUCAAUGUCAUAUCCAGAGUAGUCCUUCUCCUGGUAUUCAAACCGAACCCAGCUGCGAACCCCAAUGCAGUCCAAGCCAACUGGCACGCUCAGAACCCGUUCUCCGAGGCCGCGCGCACUCGCGACCCAAACAGCCUUUAUCCAGGCUGGGGUCCCAACCCCUCCGGUGAUCCAAGACUCAACCCACAGCCCUCUUGGGGUGGGUCCGCCGCUCCCCGUGUGAAUCCUAACGUUUACCCAAACGUACCAGAGCACUUUCCCAACCGAGGCAACCCCAAUAUGUAUCCAACCUAUCCAAACCCAAGCACUCAGUCUAACACGAACCCGCAGCCUAUGCAACAGAACGCGGCAUACGAGCACGCUUUCCAGCAAUACAAGCCUGACGCCGUUACACAGGCAAGGACCUUGACCAAUGAGGCCAUUUCUCAAGGCUAUUUCGCUGGAGCUGCCACGCAGGCCCGGCAGUGGGAGCAAGAACAUCACAACCAGCAAGGUGUCGGCGAAUGGAGGCGAAUCGAGAAGGAGCGUAACAAGGAGGCGCAGAAGAAGGUGAAGGAGGCUAACGAAGCCAACGCCCAUGUUGGGGCAGUCGAGAAUGCCAUUAGAGCUUCUAAGAACAAGUAACCUGCUGCCCGAUCUAAGAUGCUCACUGGCGGCGGCUUUUUCCUCUAACAUGUUUUGUUUGUAUCAUGUAUCGAAUCCGUACUAACGUUUUGAUUCUAUGAAUGUACCUGUAGUCUUGCUCAUCGAUCUCGGGUUAUUGAUAUUACUCCAGCCUUCAGUACUUCAGUCCU